AUGUCGAAGCGCACAGUGUUCACCACUGUAACACCACUCCCUCCGGGAGUGACACGCCAAAUUGUCUUGGAUUUCCUUCAUGAUCACGAAGAAAUGAUCGAUUUGAACCCUUUAGUCAAGGAGCGCCACCCUAUCCCAGUCCCAGCCCAUGCUUCUUUCGACGAGCAAGACUGCCUGUGGUAUUCCCUCACUGACAAGGUCUCAUACCUUCCUGGUGUUACUGGAGAUGUGUCAUAUACAUGUGCAUUUCGCGACUUGCCGAACGGAUUGUCAACGCAUUGUUAUGCACCAGCAGGGCUAACCAUCCGCGACAAAUGGACCGUAGGCGGUACUCUUCCCGGCGAGCCACCUCAGCCCAUUGAGUUAGAUCUCAACGCCCCUUCGGUAGGACUCUAUCUGCGCGAGGAUGUCGAUAUGCGCUGCAAUGUCAUCAUGACCGGUUUCGUCAAGAAGACCCUCAAGAAGGCACAUGCGGUGCUGGUCGAGCGGCUCAAGGUCAAGGCCGAGAUUGCGUGUGCCAGCCGCGCUCGUGCCCCAAGAAGUAACUCGCCAGAGCCACUUGACACGCUUGCUGUUGCUGUGGGUGUGCCUAUCAAUGUCAACAGCCGACCUACAAAUGUCCUAGCUGGCCGAAACCCCUCCGCAGGCUCGAGCUCGUCAGUCAGUUCUUGGGAUAGUGUUAGUCCCAUCUCAUCUUCAUCAUCGGUGUAUUCUCAGUCUGAUAGCAGCUUGGCUUCUGCUGCCCGUCCUUGGGUGGUCACCGACACGACCAAGCCAGUCAAGCCGUUUGCCGAAAACUCUCCAACAGCAAGACUCAAUUGCAAUGCCAGCUUCGGAAAGCAGUAUAUACCUUGGCCAAGCCCGGACGUGGCAGCCCCAAUACCAACCAAGAUGGCACCCGACACGCCAUUCUUGUCCGGACGGACACCAGACUUCUCUUUGCCCGCAGUGCCGAUUCUCCCUGCCAUUUCCAUUCCCCUGGUGGCCGAGCCAGAGCCCGAGGCGCCUUUUUUGUGCUCAAAUCAGCCCGAUUGGCCUUUGAAAUCCUCUCCUUCUAAUACCUCUACUACUCCUACCUAUCUCACCAGCUCCAUUGGUGUCGCUGUCGAGUCUGCCGCGGCGAUGGAUUCCUUGGCACCACGCCUGGGCCAGCCACAACUUGGGAAGAAGAAUGCUUUCAAGCCAUAUCCAGGACAGCAGCGGGAUGCAAAAAAAACCGCUAUUAGUAUCGUCCCCCCAGUCAGCGACUGCACUGUCAUCUGUACGGGAAAGCUAUCGGACGAUAAACUAUGGCAAGCCCUGGGUGGCGGGGAGCGAAAAUGCUCUUCCGUCGCUGUCCCUGCUGGUAACGUGAAUGGUGUGGGUUCGAGUUCAAGCUCAGGUUCAAACUCGGGUUUGGCAACUCCAAAGGGCCAAGAACGUUUCAGGAGCCAGGACGAUAAUUACAGUUACAACAAGAAAAACUGGAUUUUCAACAACGCUUCUAGUUGCCAGUACCAAUAUCUGAGCCAUCCAGAUUACCCACACAUGAGCCCUUACGACAACGAGAACGGCACUGCUGGCAGCCAAGUUAAAAGUGGAGUAACGAAGGAAGAUAUUCUGGAACUUGCACCUGCUCCAUUGCAGGUGGGACGGACGGGCGGUGAGAGGUUAAGCAGGCCUUUUAUUCCGAGUUUUGAGUAA